GAUGGAGUCCCAGGUGAAGCAUGCUAUUGUUGUGAAGGUCAUGGGUCGUACAGGGUCUAGAGGGCAGGUGACUCAGGUUAGAGUUAAGUUUUUGGAUGAUCAGAACCGUCACAUCAUGAGGAAUGUGAAGGGACCCGUGAGAGAAGGAGACAUUCUCACCCUACUCGAGUCUGAGAGAGAAGCAAGAAGAUUGCGCUAGAGGGUUUUUUCAUGGUGUCUCAGGAUUCAGUGAAGCAAUGCUGUUUUUGUGGUAGUUAGCAGACGUCAUAUUUUAUUAUUCUGGAUCUAUAUUAUACUCGUAUUGUGACUUGAGUUUUGAUGUUAUUGAGUUGCCGGAGUUUUCAGUAAAAUUAUGUUUUGAAUUUUAUAUACUGCUCUAUCUUUUCUGUUCUGUUUUCAGUAAAAUUAUGUUUUGAAUUUUA